UUAACCAUGGCUAUAAAAAAAAAAAAAAUCUGUCGCAAAAUGCCGUCGGGUGGUGCUGGCGACGGCCGCCGCCGUCGGAUAGUGGAGGAGGGGUUCCUCUUCUCCCUUGCACCGGUUCAUCCAAAUGGGAACUGGAGAGGAGGUCCUCCCGCCAGCCGACGGCGGCGCCGCCCUCUCGACCGGUGGGGGAAUGAAUCCCCCUUCCUUCACCUUCAAACAUACCGCAGGAAAGGGGGAGGGGAUUCUUCCCCCCCGCCACAAGACGGCAGCUCCCACCUCUUCCUGCCCGACGGUCCCCCUUCCCUGUUCCCUCAGUUUCUUUCAGAAAUUGCACAGUUAAAAAAAAUUAGAACAGAUAAAAAAAGGCAUCAAACCCGAACCAUCUGUUGAUGUUCCCCUAAUGUCAUGUAAAAUUUAGAGUUACGGUGCACGUGAAGUCAGACCUAGCCCGGAAGAAUCCAUGAAACCUGCAGGUCCACAGUAUGCAAGAAGCAUCCAAGGGAAUGAGACGGGAAUGGGUACCUACAAUUCCAAUCCCCUGAUGAACGAUCAACCGAACAUGAUGCGAACUUCAGCUCCUUCCUCUGAUCCUCGGAUAAAUGAUCGACUUGGGAAAGGCAUCAACUCCGAUCCCCGGUUAAAUGAUCUGAUGGACAGAGGUGGGAACUACCCACACCACCUUGAUUACUCAUUUCAGAGUAAUGGUAGCAGGCAGAGCUUUGAGAGGCAGCCCAUUGGCCAUUCUUUGCUUGACCAUUUAGAUCUUCCUGGCCAGCUGCAUGAGAUGAGCCCCAGUCAAUAUUACAGCCAUGAAUCGUGCAGUGACUCUUCGUCUUUAAGGAGCUUCGACGUAAGAAGAAACGACCGGUACUGGUCGAAUGCCUCCCAUGGUAGUGGUGGCAUGAUGGAGCAGUCUGCCUCUCCACAGGGGAGCACUGGAAACAGUUGGUCCAGGAGCUCAAUGGAUGAUGUUGAGAUGGAGAUGCAAAGGUUGAAGCUCGAACUGAAGCGAACAAUGGAAAUGUACAGUAAUGCUUGCAAGGAGGCUCUCAGUGCAAGACAGAAGGCCAGAGAGUAUCAGUCAUGGAAGAUGGAAGAGGAACGCAAGAUUGAAGAAGCAAGGCAAGCGGAAGAGGCAGCCAUAGAGCUUGCGGAGAGGGAGAAGCAAAGGUGUCGAGCAGCACUGGAAGCAGCGGAAGCAGCAAAGAGAGCAGCAGAAGCAGAAACAAGGAAGAGGAUUGAAGCAGAAAGAAGAUUGCACGAGGAGGGGAAGAGGAAAUCAGGGGAUAAUAUGAUUCCUGAUCUUCGGUACCGCAGGUAUACCAUAGAGGAGAUAGAGCAGGCUACGCAGAAUUUCUCUGAGUCUCUUAAAAUUGGAGAAGGAGGGUAUGGACCUGUCUUCAGAGGCAUGUUGGACCACACCCUUGUGGCUAUCAAGGCUUUAAGGCCAGAUGCAGCGCAAGGCAGACAACAGUUUCAGAAGGAGGUUGAGAUCUUAAGUUGCAUCAGACACCCAAACAUGGUUCUCCUUCUUGGUGCCUGCCCUGAAUUUGGCUGCCUGAUCUACGAAUACAUGGCCAAUGGCAGCCUUGACGACCGCCUUUUCCAGCGGGGCAACACUGCUCCGCUCUCAUGGCAGCUUCGGUUCAAGAUUGCAUCUGAGAUUGCCACAGGUCUGCUCUUCUUGCACCAGACCAAGCCUGAGCCACUGGUCCAUAGAGACCUCAAGCCGGCAAACAUCUUGCUUGAUCACAAUUUUGUCAGCAAAAUCAGUGAUGUCGGGCUUGCACGGCUAGUCCCACCUUCAGUUGCUGACAAUGUCACCCAAUACCACAUGACUUCAGCUGCCGGCACCUUCUGCUACAUUGAUCCUGAGUACCAGCAGACGGGAAUGCUGGGAAUCAAGUCUGAUAUCUAUGCACUUGGUGUCAUACUGUUACAGCUCCUCACAGCAAAGCCCCCCGUCGGAAUUGCUCACCACGUUGAGAGGGCAAUCGAGAAGGGAGUGUUUACUGAUCUGCUGGACCCUGCUGUACGUGACUGGCCUGUAGAGGACGCCCUGUCGCUUGCAAAGAUGGCAAUCAAGUGUGCGGAGUUGAGGCGGAAGGACAGGCCAGAUCUGGGGACAGUGGUGCUGCCGGAGUUGAAUCGCUUGAGGGACAUUGCUAAUGAUUCGUUGCAUCUAGUGGCACCAGGAUAUGCUCACCAUCCUUAUGUCGCUAGCUUCCAGGAUGUCAUUACUCUGCGCUCUAGUGGACAUUCCAGUACUCUCACUGAUGAUGGCAGCUGGGCUCAACCCCAUGAUUAGCUCUCCGAAGACAAAUUUUGGCUAAGGGAUCUCUAGUUUGCUAUCAUGCUCCCUUGUCAUUCUCUAUUGUAAACAAGGUUACAGAUAUAAUGUACGUACAAACUAGGAGAAGAUAUAGUGCAGGCAGAUGAAGAGGAAGUUACCUGGUCGCGGACCUCCUUAACAUGAAACACCAGCACAAUGUCUGAGACAAAGUGGACAAGCUAAGCAAAUGUAAUGGUCUCAAGGUGUUUGAUGUUACAGAGUGUCACUCAGCGGGUGACGUGAUAUGUUCUCUCUCUGC